AUGCGAGCCAGAAAACUUCACACACGUUUGCUGAAGAAUGGCAGAGAAACGAAACACACCACCUCUAACGUUACUUGUAACGGCUCGCCCUAAUAAAAAGGCUAAAAAAAGAAAGCCGGCGGAAGAAAAGGCUGCGGUAAAAAAGGCUUUGGAUAAAGCCCGAGGACAAACCAGGGUAAACAUCGGGCCGGCGUUUGAGCGGUGGAGAGGACUGAAGGAGCUGAAGGGCUUCAGGAGUGAUGCAGAGGUUGCUCUCUUUCUGCUGGACAGCUAUGAGAAGGAUCCAGCAACUUCUACGCCGUCGAGACCCCCGAGGAGACCCCCUCCCCCUCCCCCACCUGGUUCAGCUAUUACAUUGGAGACAACUAUUAAAUCAGAGUCCGACCGCUAUGAGAAGGACCCACCAACUUCCACGCCGUCGAGACCCCCUCCCCCACCUGAUUCAGCUAUUAAAUCUGAGCCUCUGUCCGACCGAGAUUAUGACUUCACAGUAGCUGGGGAUCAGGAGGUAAAGGAGGAGGAGACAGCUCUCCAGCAAUUGGAUGCAAGAGUUCCAUCAAUAGAGAUUGUUGUUGGCAUUGACGAGGAUAAUUCGACUCAAAAUACAGACUCUGAUACUGAACAUUCAGAUGAUGAGAUGGGUUCACCAGCUGAGAUGUCAGUAGAUGUUCCUGAGGAGGCAUCAGAGGAGAACAGCUGCUACGAUGACGGUGAUGAUGAAGACUAUGAGCCCCCGUUUUCUAUUCAGUUUGAUGGUGCCUAUAAAACUAAUAGAUGCCUGAAUCAAGUUCAGUCCACCAGCAAAGAGAACACUACACAUGAUGCUGCAGAGGCGGCGGAGCAGCCAGCAGAGGCAGACAAAAUUCAAAACCUGACUGAGAGCAGCAGCACUGUGCGACCAAGGAAGAGAUACAUCUGUCACACCUGUGGAAGAGAGUUCCCCCGCAACCCUGCCCUGAAACGUCAUCUUGUGAUUCAUUUGGGAGAAAGACCUUUCAAAUGUUUUAUAUGUGGAAGAGGAUUCACCCAAGAUGGAAAUCUCAAAACACACAUGAAGACCCAUAAAGGAGAGCUGCACAAGUGGACGUUAGUGGAAGAGAAGAAAAAGGUUGAAGAACCUCCUGUAACAGCACAUAUUUGUGGAAAGUGUGGAAUGAACUUCCCCGAGAAACAGCAACUAGACGAGCACCGAGAGACUCACAAGAAGCCGUUUGAAUGUCUUGUCUGUGGCAAGACGUACGCGCAGGAGAGCUGCACAAGUGGACGUUAGUGGAAGAGAAGAAAAAGGUUGAAGAACCCCCUGUAACAGCACAUAUUUGUGGAGAGUGUGGGAUGGACUUCCCCGAGAAACAGCAACUAAACGAGCACCGAGAGACUCACAAGAAGCUGUUUGAAUGUCUUGUCUGUGGCACGACGUUCAAGUGGGGAGUUUCUCAUCAGCGGCUUCAUUCAGAAGAUACACCCUACCGUUGUUCGGUGUGUGUGAAAAGAUUUGCGGCACUGCACAGACUCUCCAAAAACACGAGGCAAUCCACACGGGGAAAAAGAACUUUCACUGUGAUCAGUGUGGGAAAUCCUUUUUACACGAGAAUUACCUGAAAAUUCACCUCAAGACCCACACAGGAGAGGACGCACUUGUGCUCAAUUUGUGGUAAAAGUUACUCCAGAGCAGGAAUUCUCAGAGAACACUUGCGAGUUCAUACCGGGGAGAAACCGUAUACGUGUGGGAAAUGUGGUA